AUGGAGAUAGUCACAGAUCGACGAUGGGCGAUCAUGUUGAAAGAUAAAGAGAGAUUUUAUUUGGUUUACGGGAAGGAUGUCUGCGGCAGUGUGCGGAAGCAAGAGAUCGUUCUUCAAGGAUGCCCGUCACCGCAGUCGGCUUCUCUGUUGAAGAACAAGAAGCUCCGGCGCUUUUCGCCUCAAUCUCCUUCGUCUGUUCACUUCUCUCCGCCUCUGUCUACCCUCGAACAAGUCCAAGCCCUCUUCCCUCUCAUCGACCCUCAGCUUUUGGAGAGGGUAUUAUUAGAAUGUAGCAAUGAUAUAGAUACCACUAUCAAGAGGUUACACGAGCUUUGCAUAGGCCUUGAAGAAGCUGCAGGGGUGGAGUCCGGCCCUGUUGAGGAACUGGGUACAACUGCAGAGCCGGGUAUAUUGACCAAUGGUAGAGAAGCUGCUGCUGUGGGUGUUCAGAAUCCACCAGCCACUGAAAAUCUACCUGUUGAUGGUGCAGAAUGGGUGGAUUUGUUUGUGAGGGAGAUGGUGAGCGCUACAAAUGUGAAUGAUGCCAAAGUCCGUGCAUCUAAAUUGCUGGAGGUCCUGGAGAAGGCCAUAAAUAAUCAUGAAGCUGAAGAGGCAUCAAAAACUUUUCUCAAGGAAAAUGUUAUGUUAAAGGAGCAGGUUGAAAUUUUGACUCAAGAAAAUAGAGUCCUCAAACGAUCCGUAGCUAUCCAGCAUGAACGUCAAAAGGAAUAUCAAGAUAAAAACUAUGAGUUGCAACAGUUGAGGCAGUUGGUGUCUCAGUAUCAGGAGCAGUUGCAAACUCUACAGAUGAAUAAUUUCACCUUGACGAUGCAUUUCAGACAGACACAAUAAGGCAGCUUCAUGGGUUCUAAAGAUUAAGACGGGGCAUAGGGAUGAAGUGUGUUUAGCCUGUAAAUUAUGACCAUACAAUUAGCUCAAUCUGUUUGAUUGGAUUGAUGUCUCAUGCUGCUUAUUAUGUCUGAUUCAAGUGACCAUAGGUUUAUCAUUGUCUUCAAUUGAUUCGUGUAUUACUGCCUUUUUCUUUAGAAUUGUCUUUCAA